AAACCUACGUUUGUCUCACUUUAACUUAAUGCAUCAGUUCAGCAGCGCAGGCAAAACGAACAGGCCUAUUGAGUAUCGAUGUAUUGCUAAAAAAAACAAUAUUUGACAUCACUUUUUCUUUUUUAAAAAGAACAGUGUAUUUGACAUCAUUUUUGCUAAAAAGAGCGCUUCAGUUAUAUCAAUGUUAGUACCAAAUAGACAAGAAACUUGUAAGAUAUAAAGGAACAAACUGUUAGUUUUAUCAUAAUUGAUAACAUCAUGGGACAAAAGCAAGAGGCCGCAGAAUAUCACAUGUUUCCGAAUAUCGCGAGAUGGCUGUUUUUAAUAUUCGGUUUCCCGAUCGUGUUAACUUGGUCAGCAUAUAGUUUACUGGAUAUUAUGUGGCUUAGACAAAAAAGGAAAAGUCUCAAAAACAAGGUGGUGAUGAUAACUGGUGCUAGUUCCGGAUUAGGAGAGGCUUUGGCUCAUGUGUUUUAUAAGUGUGGAUGUAAACUUAUCCUAGUUUCCCGUAGAGAAGAGGAAUUAAAAAGAGUCAGAAAUGAUCUAACAAAUACUUAUCAAAUAGUUCCAACUCAUCUACCUGUUAUUUUACCACUUGAUCUAGCUAAAAUUGAUGAUAUGAAAAGUAAAGUUUUAAAAGUUCUGUUGGUACAUGAUGGUAUUGAUAUUCUUAUAAAUAAUGCUGGUGUUUCAUACAGAGGUGAAGUUAUCAGUACAGAUAUUGAUGUAGAUAUGAAGGUUAUGAUGUCAAAUUAUUUCUCUCAAGUCUGCUUAACUAAAAUUAUCCUGCCGUUUAUGAUAAAACAAAAUUCUGGCCACAUAGUUGGUAUAAGCAGCGUGCAAGGAAGAAUUGCUAUUCCUUAUAGGUCUGCAUAUGCUGCAUCCAAAUAUUCAGUACAAGCUUGGUAUGACAGUGCAAGAGCUGAAAUUUUUAAUAAAAAUAUUAAAUUUACAAUUGUCAAUCCAGGAUACAUCAAGACGAGUCUUUCUAUGAAUGCUCUAACAGGAAGUGGACAAGUUUAUGGAAUAAUGGAUGAAACGACUGUGAAUGGUUAUGAACCAGAUUAUGUAGCUGAGCGCAUCUUAGAAGCUGUAUUGAAGCAGAAGAAGGAAGUUACAAUAGCACCAUUUUUAGUAAAGUGUGCUAUAAUAAUUAGAACUUUGUUUCCUUCGCUCUUCUUUUGGCUCAUGCAAAAACGUGCAAAAAAAUUAGCAAACAAUCGAUGAUUUUAUUUAUUCAAGAAUUACUAUUUGUAGAAAUAUUUCUAAAUAUAAUGGUUAAUAGUACAGGAUGUUUCAGUAGUACAGGAUCACCUGUUUACCCAUUUUAUUUUGAAAAAGAAUGGUGCUAGGAAGUUCGGAAAUCAAAUUUACUAUAAAAGCCUAUCUAAAAUUCUUGGUGUUACUUUUAUUUUUCAGAAAUCCCAGACCACUUUUAGAAAAUACCAGAAACUGAAAGCGACUUAAAAAAUUUUAAAUAGCGACAUGGACAAUGUGGAACAAUAUAUCGUUGGAUAGACUUUAAAAAGAGAGAACUUUCGCUCAAAAAAAAUUUAUUAUCACGUGAAAAUGAAAAGUUGCAGAUGUUUAAAGUGUCUGUCACCUUGAAGAAGACAUCUUUUCAUCCCUUGUCUCAUGCUAUCAGCGACUCUCAGGACUUCUGCAGAAUUUGGAGAAUAUCAAGCUUCUUGAAUCGAUAGUUUCCUGAGAGCUGUAGACAGAGUGAUAAAGGAUAGAGAUGUUUUCGUUAAAGUGGCAGAAACUUUGAACAUCUGUAACUAUCUUUUCAUUUCCGAGUGAUAUUAAAUUUUUUUUCAAGCAAAAGUUGUUUCUUUUUAAAAGUUCUACCCAACAAUACUCAUAUUGUCCUAUGUUACUAUUUAAAAUUUUUAAGUUGCUUUCAGUUUUCGAUAUUUUCGAAAACAGAAUUUUCGAAAACGGUUUUCUAAAAGCGAAAGUACCACCAUCAGUAACUUCAAAUGAGCUUUUGUGGUAAACGUUCUAGCUUCUUUUUUAAAAUAAAAGGAAUAGACAGGUAGUCUGAAAUAUCUUGUACGACGAAAUAUAACUCUUUAAUAUAAUGAUAAACUUGAAAAACAUGUAAAUAGCGACAGGUGGUUGGUAGAUGGUGUUGGUAGUUGAUAGAUGGUGAGAAUAAAGAAUUUAUGUAAAUACAAUUAGAACAAGUUGGACCUUUACAGAUUUACGUUUUAACAUGUAAUUUUUACAUCAGAUAAAUGAAACAGUUACACUAUUCAAAAGUAUAUUUUAUUUUUGUUGUAGUCACUCUCUGACUAGUGAAAUAUCUUUACAUUAUGUACACAUUAUUAUGAAACCAUAAUUGGUACUGACACUGAAAUGUUCAUGUAACAAGCGUGCUAUCCAUCUCUUAAUGUAAAAUUUACGGGAAUGCUGUUAUUUCAUACUUCGAUAACAUCUCAAUUAUAUGUACAGUAAUUUAAUAACUCUCGCUAUAACAUGGUUCUUGUAAUAUUAAAUCACUAAACUGCAUAAUCUAUUAAAAUAUAGAGAUAUAUCAAAUAUA